ACAAGGGUGGUCAUACGAUGCUUCACCUAGCGUGUACCAAAGGCUACAAUCACUUUGUGCAAGAAUUGCUUGUUCGCGGCGCCAAUGGCAAUGUUCGUGACCGUUCUGGAUUCACUGCGCUUCACUUUGCGGCGAUGUUUGACCAGUAUGAGGUGGCUGCUGACUUGCUAUCGAGGCCAGAGACCAAUGCAGCACUCUCAACAAGUGAUGGUUUGACUGCGUAUGACUUGGCUGCCAUGACGAACAACAAUGAGCUGAUUGCCCUGUGUGAUCCAUGGAGCUGGACUCAGAGCCUCGGCCGUUCAACGCGAUCCAAUUCAGUGGGCUCGCAGGCAUCGAGCUAUGAUGCAGUGUCUCUUUCCUCUGACACCGCCUCCCGGAGCGCAUCUGAGUCUGAUUGCAAUUCGGACGUGACACGAGGCCGAGUGGUUCGUGCUCAAGGUGUUGCAACGCAGCCUUCAAGCCGAGCAGCAUCGCCUGCACUAGGCAAGCCAAUACGCCGGCGGAGCAGCAUCAGCCAACUGGAUCUCGGCACGGAGUCUGCUACAAUCGAAGACCUCAAGCAAUUCGCAGCCUUGUCAAAGGAGCAAGAAGCGGCAGAUGGCAAGAGCGAUCACCAGACGAUUGCUCAGCAGAUUGCACAAUUACAACAGAGUUGGGUGGCAUUCUUGACGGCCACGUCACCGGCCUGGGUACAAAAAGUGACGGGUGCACAGUCUCUGCAGGAACGCUUCAAGAAUAGUGCGCAGAUGCAGCAGCUGUCGAGCAUGCCUCCAUUGAUGGCAUUCCAGGCGAUGCUUCCAACAAUGCCGCAUUUGCCUUCGUUGUCACCAAGCAAGGAUGCCGAAUCGCCGGAUGCCACCUGGCUUGGCAAUCUCGUUUCUUCUCUCGGUGCGCCGCCGACAUACGCUGAGGCGACUGCUGCGAUUCCACUGCUUGGUGCGAUGACGAGCCGCGGCAAGACGGUCGAGGCGGAAGCAAGAGUAGCAGAAGCGGACGAGAUGGACUGUGGUGAGACAUCGGGCAGCGCAUCGAGUGCCGUGCUGCCAUCAGUGACUGCACCGGGGAAACGUCCUUGGUGGCCGAGCAAACGGGUGACGCUCCGGCAGCAGAGCCGGAUCGUGGAUUUGACGCCAGCACAGCAGCGUGCACAGGCGAAACGCUUCCAGAAGCCGUGUGACCGGAUGAUGCUGCUGUUUUGGCUGCCGUGCCUUGCGUUCUUCAUCCUGCUGUCUGUGUUCAAGGUGACGUUUGGGCGUGUGCUGUCGUGGGUGAGCUAGAUGGAUGUUAUUUUGCAUGA